UUGGCAUCUGAACGAGCGCAUUGUUCAGGAAAAGAAAAGAUAUAUAAAACAUAGCAUAUAUAGCUAUUUGAACAUAAUUUUGAAUUUCUAGUGCAGCGCCUGUACACAUUCCGUUCUGAACGGUCCACAUAAUGGUCAAUGAACUGAAUAAGCCCCAAGAUAAUGCCGCACUGAGCGAGGUAUUGGCUGCUUCCAAUCGUCAGUUGGAGGAGAUGCAGGAGGAGCAUCGCCAGCUGCAGGCGGAACUAACACGCUUAAGCGCCCAGCGCCAGCAAUUGAGAAUUGCCACCAGGGAGCAGGAAUCAGUGAGCGUUGUAACCUCUGGCUCACAGUCCUCACAGUCCUCACUCGCUACUGCGGAAAGCGUAGCAACUGAAGAAAGAGACAAUGCAACUACUGGGGAGGACAAAGAAGAAACGGCGAACUAUCUGCAGGAAAAGCUGGCGGAAAUUGCAAAUUUGAAGGCGCAAUUCAAGCGGGUUCAGCAUAUGACCGAUUCGACAAAGCGCAUUGAGGAACAUAUAUCCAGCAUGGAGUCCAAAUCAUCAUCAUCGUCGACGGUGCAAGAGAGUAGACAAACCAUGUCAUCACAAUCUGUACAGUCCAGCAGCAGCACCAGCACCAAGAGUAGCACUAGCAAAAGCGCUUUAUCAUCUGGAACUGAAUCAUCCACAUCUCAAACUGCUCCGGACAAUGCGGAGCUCCUAAAUGCAAUGAUCAAUAUGGUCACGGAUUUCACAAGUGAUUUGCGUGGGCAAGAGGAAAGUUUGCGUGCGGAACGUUUGCGAAUUAAAGCACUGAAGGAGGAAAUUAUACAGCGCAAGCAGAGCAAAUAGAAUAAUACUUAUUGAAUAUAAAUACAACUCACUUGCUGAAUAGCCUAUGUAUACAUAUAUGAAAUAA